CGCUUUAGAUACAGUUUUUCAAAAUAGUUCCUCAGGAAUAAAAAUAGACAAGGAUUCAUUUAAAGACAUUUCAUUUUGAAUAGCAGUAAAGGAAAGUAAAACUAAACAACAGAUUUAGCAGAAGCCAUUACUGAGCUCAGAACAGACGGAGGUAGAAUGGCAUCUGCAUCUUCUCUCCUGGAAGAGGAGCCCUCCUGUCCUGUGUGCUCUGAAAUCUUCAGGGAUCCUGUUGUCCUGAGAUGCAGUCACAGCUUCUGUAAGGCCUGUCUGCAGCAUUGGUGGAGAGAGAAGGGAUCUCAGGAGUGCCCAGUUUGCAGGAGAAGAUCUUCUGAGGAUGAACCUCCCUGUAACCUGUCUCUGAGGAAUACCUGUGAGGCGUUCUUAAAGGAGAGAAGUCAGAGACCUGAAGCAGGAUCUGAAGUGCUCUGCAGUCUGCACAGUGAGAAACUCAAACUCUUCUGUCUGGAUGAUUAUGAACGCCUUUGUGUCGACUGUUUAACUGGAUCACACAGAAAUCACAACGUAUGUCCAAUGGAGGAGGCUGUGCUGAAAUCUAAAAAGAAAAUCAGGACUGCACUGGCUCCACUGCAGAAGAAGCUAGAAGCCUUUAAUGCAGUGAAACUAAUCUGUGAUCAAACAGCAGAGCACAUCAAGAGCCAGGCCCAGCACACAGAAAGACAGAUAAAGAUGGAGUUUGAGAAACUUCAGAAGUUCCUAAAGGAUGAAGAGGCAGCCAGGAUCACUGCACUGAGGGAGGAAGAGGAGCAGAAGAGUCAGAUGAUGAAGAAGAAGAUUGAGAAGAUCACAGAACAGAUAGCAUCCCUUUCAGAACAAAUCAGAGCCAUAGAACAGGAGCUGGGAGCUGAAGAUGUCUCAUUCCUGCAGAUCUACAAGGACGAACAAAACAGAGCCCAGUGCACACUGGGGGAUCCAGAGAAGGUCUCAGGAGUGCUGAUUGAUGUGGCCAAGCACCUGGGCAAUCUGAAGUACAGAGUGUGGGAGAAGAUGCUGGGGACUGUUCAAUACACUCCUGUGACUCUGGACCCAAACACAGCACAUCCCAAACUCUCCCUGUCUGAGGAUCUGACCAGUGUGAGAUGCAGUGGUGAGAGACAACAGGUUCCUGAUAAUCCCGAGAGAUUUCAUACAGGGUGCUGUGUGCUAGGCUCUGAGGGAUUCAGCUCAGGGAGACACUGCUGGGAUGUAGAAGUGGGGGAUAAUGAGUACUGGGCGGUGGGUGUGGUUAAAGAGUCCUUCAGCAGGAAAGGGGAUGUGGAUCCGAGCCCAGCAGUAGGAGUGUGGGGUAUUGAGCAGUACAGGAGUGGGAAAUACACAGCCAUGACCUCCCCACCUACAGUCCUCACUGUGCAGAGGAAACUCCAGAGGGUCAGAGUGCAGCUGGACUGGGACAGGGGGGAGGUGUCAUUCUCUGACCGCAGUGACAACACUCCUCUCUACACUUUUAAACACUCCUUCACUGAGAGACUGUUUCCAUUCUUUGGUCCGUCUCCUCACAGGAUGCAGAUCUGUCCACUGUUUCUGUGAGUAUAAAAUAGCACUGAGGGAUUGUGGGUAAACAUCCACUGAAAUAACAGGGCUUUAUUUAGUCACUUCUGAGCAGGUUUAUAAAAAUAUUUGCAGAUUAAACAAAAACUAAAUUAUUUGAAUAGUAAAUGCUAUUUAAUUUCUUUGAUAUAACCUCACAAUGUAAAUGCUGAGUAAUUCCUGUGUUAAAUAGUGGUAUUGUAAGUACACUGGUAUGUGUGUAACGGGAAAUAGGCUUAGGACAUUGUCAAAUUAAAUGGAUAUUAGGCUAUUUAAAGGCAUGUGAAGCUGUGAACUGUAAAAUAGACAGGAUGUAUGCCCACAAGUGGUAGCCUUACUAUUUGAAUGCUAGCCUACUGGCUAUUAGCUUUCAGUACAUUCAGUCAAUUGAUGCUGCAUGUAUUACAACUGAAAUGUACCUUUGUAUGGCAAAGAGAUAUUGUAACAGAUGAUUGUGGAAAGAGCAGAUUUGUCAUAAAUAGGAACAUUUAAGAAAGUCCUGUUUUCCUGUAUGAAACAGGUCUAUACUUACCUGUUGUGGGGACCCCCUUAAUUGGGACCUGGAACACAUGUUAUAAAAUAAGGAACCGUUGCUAAAACAAUAGUAUCAUAAAAUAGUGUAUACACACGCACACCCAACCGCACAUGACACACACUAAGGCCAUACAGACAAACGCACACCACACACCCACAUAGACUGUAUAACCACACACCUGUAACACACUCUACACACACAGACCAUAUAACCACACACACCCAUCACACACACCCCGACCUUAUAA